AUGCAUACGGUGGGUUUCAAACAAUUUCCUGAACGUUCCAAAGUUAUUAAUCUGAAAAAUCCCUUCAAGUUUACAUUUAUUUAUUGUUACUAUCGUUGUAACUUGUUAAAUAAGAAUCUUAAUAAUCUCUGGCUGCAUUGGAACAUCCGAAAUCUUCAAUCAUUGCACUUACCAUCUUUUCAUUCGAUUGCAUUAGUUCAAGAAAAAGCUAUCAAACUGGAGAACACACUGGCGGGCGUGAAAACAACAUCAGAAGUUUCAGAAGAAUGGGGCUCUGGUUGGAAAGGUACGAAUUUCAUAGUAGAAAUCGAAGAGACCGUAACUGUCUCUCCCAUAAGUACAGAUUAUUUAAGCAGUCGGGAAGAUGCGACAAGUUCAGAAAUAAGGAAUGCCACAAACAUUGUACAUGGUCCCAAAAUAAUUGUGCGUACCGAGGAAGUAUUAAUAGUCGGUUUGGUCCUGAUGCUAUGGGUCGGCGCAAUAGCAUUAUUCUUUAACCGUUGGGGUAAAAUACGUAUGCUUGAACCGUAUCAACCGAAAUUUCAGCAGCAACAUCGAGCUUCCUGUCCCCUAGCUGAUAUCGAGACAAUGCAGACACAUCAGCGUUCCUCAGUAACCCGUAUGUCAAUGGGUUUGGUUAAUAAUGUAAAUAUGCCAACUUGUCAAUUUCCAGCUUAUAAUCCAACAAUAUACUCAAAAGGUUUUAUUGGCCAUAAUCGGCCACGACAAAAUUCGGUUUUUGUUGGCCCAAGUCCCAAUCGGUUUCUAAUACCAAGACCACCGCGUAAGACUCGCUCAGCCAUGGAUUUACAUUCGAUGGUGUUAGAUGAAUCAGCAGAACAGGUUUAAAGUUACUAUAAAUUUAUUUACUAAUCACAUAAAUGGGUAAAUAUCUAAACAAGAAUAUUUUUAAUAAUAUUUUAAUAAUUGGCUGGAUUAAGUGCUAAGCGAAAAAUCUCUUCUUAAGUCUUGCCAAAAACAAAAUGAUUCUAAAUAAAAAAAAAGAGCAGUUAAUUGAUUACUUAACUAAAAAUUGUUAACUUAAAUAUUUUUGGUCUUUUUUUUUU